UGAGAUACAAGAUAACAAGAAUCAAAUAAUGAGAUGCAAGAUAAACAAGAAUCAGAUCAUGAGAUGCAAGAAAAAGAAUCAAAUCAUGAGAUACAAGAUAAACAAGAAUCAAAUAAUGAGAUGCAAGAUAAACAAGAAUCAAAUAAUGAGGUGCAAGAAAAAGAAUCAAAUAAUGAUAUACAGGAUAAACAAGAAUCAAAUAAUGAGAUGCAAGAUAAACAAGAAUCAAAUCAUGAGAUUCAAGACAAUAAAGAACCAGAUCCAAGGAUACAAGACAACGAAGAAUCAAAUCUUGAGAUACAAGAAAAUCGUGAGAUUCAAGAAGAUAAAGAUUCAAACAGUAAGAUUCAAGAAGAUAAAGAUUCAAACAGUGAGAUGCAAGAAAAUAAAGAAUCAAAUCGCGAGAUACAAAAUAUCCAAGAAUCAAAGCCUGAAUUGCAGGAAUACAAAGAAUCAAAUCCUGAGAUGCAAAAAAAUACAGAUUCAAAAACCGCGACACAAGAAGAAAAUUCAAAUCCUGACAGGCAAGAAAAAUCGGAUUCAAAUCCUGAAAUGCAAGAAACCAAAGAAUCAAACCAUGAAAUGCAAGAAAGCAAAGAAUCGAAUCCUGAGACACAAGGAAACAAAGAAUCGAAGCCUGAGAUGCAAGAAAACGCGGAUUCAAAUCGUAAGAUACAAGAAAUUAUGGAGUCAAAUCCUGGGACACAAGAAAGCAAAGAAUCGAAUCGUGAAAUGCAAGAAAAAGAAUCGAAUCCCGAGACUCAAGGAAACAAAGAAUCGAAGCCCGAGAUGCAAGAAAACGCGGAUUCAAAUCGUGAGAUACAAGAGUCGAAUCCUGAGAUACACGAAACCAAAGAAUCGAAAAGUGAAAUGCAAGAAAAAGAAUCGAAUCCCAAGACUCAAGGAAACAAAGAAUCGAAGCCCGCGAUGCAAGAAAACGCGGAUUCAAAUCGCGAGAUACAAGAGUCGAAUCCUGAGAUACAAGAAACCAAAGAAUCGAAGCCUGAGAUACAAGAAACGCGGAGAGAAUUCAAAUCGCAAGAUACAAGAAACUAUAGAGUCGAAUCAUGA